UCAAGAAUGAAUAUAAGUGGCCCAUAUAGACGGCAAAAUUAGCUUAAAUUGGGCCGAAAUUCAUCAAUAAAUGUCCACAAAAAGCUAAACCCUGAAAUUCCCAACCGCUCGUAACUCUGCAACAUCAAGAACUAGCGCCGCAUCCCCAACCUUUCAAACAUGCCUUCACACAAGACCUUCAUGAUCAAGAAGAAGCUGGCCAAGAAGAUGAGGCAAAACAGGCCCAUCCCUUAUUGGAUUCGUAUGCGCACAGAUAACACCAUCAGGUACAACGCCAAGCGAAGGCACUGGCGCCGUACCAAGCUAGGGUUCUAAGCUCGAUGGGGUUCUUUAGAUUAAAGAGUUAAAUUUUGUUUUUCCCAAGUAUUUUUGCUGAAUUCUAUUUAUGUGGGGUUUAAUAUUAUUAGGAAGAGAUAUUGAUGAAAUUAUUGGCAAUAUUUGAAUUCAUGAUUUUGGUUUAGCUAAUGUUUGCUUUUAGAGUUAUCUUGAGUUGAGUGCUUUUCUGGUUGCUAUUCUCUGUUGGAUGAUCUGUAUGUGAUUGAGAUUUAAGAGUGACGUAUUGACAAUUUUUGCAGUAUUAUGAAUGAAAUGAUUAGAGAUUGGUUUUUCA